CCCCGCCGGCGGUGGAUGCGCCCCGGAGGAGUCGCCGAGCCCGCCCAGCCUUUUCAGCCCGCGGGGGGGACGCGGGGCGCCGCGAUGACUUGACGCCGGGCCGCGGCGUGCCGUGCCGUGCCAUGGAGGGGAUGACACGCUUCGUGGUGGCCUCGGUGGCCACGGCGCGGUGGCGGCCGGCGCUGCCCGCCCUGCUGCCGCUGCUGCUCGCCGUGCCGGCGCUGCGGGGCUCGCCCGCCGCAGAUGAGAGAUCCUUGGAGCAGCAAAAUUUUUCCUUUUUCUCAAUGGACUCAAAGGUGCACCAAAGCAUAUCAGGCAGCAGGACACAAAUGGCCUUAGCAAAAAGUACUUUGGAGUCCCAAGGAAGUAAUUUCCUUCAAACAGUUUUAUCAUCAGUUACCACCCCUGUUGAUGCGACUUUAUUUAACCAAGAAGAAGUGUUCAGAAUUUCAGAAGGAAGAAGUACGCCAUUGGUAGAUGUCUCUGUAACAAGCAAUGAGGCUUUCUUAAGUGAUGAUGACUUUAUUAGCUCGUUUCCAAAGGCACAGUGGACUUCUCCACUGAAGUCUUUUGCAGUUUUAACAGAUCACACAGUUAAUACAGUAGAGCCAUCAAGAGAAACGUUAGAAACUGUAUCGCUAACACCUUCAUUAUCAGUCCUUUUUUCACCGUAUGAUAUCUCAAAAACAGCACAGCAAAAGACUCCGUUGAGCACUGUCCCUGAACGCAGUAACACUCUUACGGAAUUGAAGCCUUUUGUACCAGAUAGAGAAAUGUUAACGGGAAACAGAGACUUGUCACUGUACCCUCCAAAUACAGCUAUUUAUUUAUCUUCCAUUUCUUCCGAGGCAGGAGUUGCAGUGUGGGAAAACACAAAUGCGAGUUUAACAGCUCUGCCUUUUGGGGCUGCUUCAGAAGAGUUGCCUCUUCAUCUCCAGCUGCUGGAUAAAACUGUGACCCCAGAUGCCACAGCACAAAGUACAGAGCCAUAUGGUGACAUUUAUGCUGACGUGAGUAGCAGGGCAGUAGAAACUCACAGUUUAACAACCUACCCCACUCCAAGCAUUCCCUGGCCCACACCAGCUUCAGCAGCCAAUGCCGAGCCUGCUUUGUUUCCUGUUAGUCUUCCACUUACAUCUUUCCCACUUCACUCAGCUGCCGUUUCCACAGACUCUAAUACAGUUCUUAAUGCCAGUCUGUUUACACAUGAAUUCUCUGGUACAGCACCAACUUUGCCUGCCAGUUCUGAAAUACCAAGUCAAUCAGAGCUUGUCAGUGAGCUCACAAGUCCAGUGCCUUUCAUGAGAUCAUACAGUUCUUGUCUGUAUUGUGACUCAGUUUCACUUCUGCCAGAAGCAGGCUUUUCCCCGGAACAUGAUGUGGGUUCAGGUGAUUACAUUGAAACUUUGUCCAUCGCAGCCUCUGAAGUACAAGGUUUAACACCAGUUACAACUAUAAUUACUGACAGAUAUGAAUUAGAGGAACCUACACCUGAGAUUUUUGAUACUUCUUUUCCAUCGAGACCAGUUGUUUCAUUUUCUUCAAGACUUGCAGAAAUCCCCGAUUCAAGCAUGUUUUUAUUAAGCACUGCAGACACUAUCCUUAACACUAGAACACCCGUAACAGUGUCUUCUUCCUACCAUCAGCCUCCUCAAGGAACAUCACUGAACAUCUCUUCCCAGUUUACUCUCCCUCUUCUGGAGACAAUUUCUUUGACACCAAGCACUCAUGUAGAACUCCCUGGUGCCACCAGUGUUCUAUUUGACUCCUCCUUCAUCCCAAGUGAACCGGUAGCAUCAUUUGCCAUCAGUCGUACAACUUUGCUGGAGACGCCAGAAAUAAUGCCAUCAGAGUCUGUGUUUUUGCUUGACAAGACGUCUACAAGGGAGGAACUGUCUUUAAAAGGUUCAGAUUUUCCAUCCAGUCUUUUAUCAACACCACUUCUUAUUGAACCUAGCUACUCGCCUUUGUCAUCAGCCAUACUGAGUUCUUACUCUGUCAUGCAAAGCGAUUUAUCAGCAUUCUUACCUCAGACUUUGUUGACUAGGACAUCAGUGCUUUCCGAGGAUGUUUCCAGCUGGGACUUAGCUACCACUGUCAGCUCUGCCACUGAUGCUGAGAUUUCUCAGUUCCCUCUCAGCCAAGCAUCAUACUUUUAUUCAAAUGCAACAUCUGUUCCAGGUGCACAUGUUCCUGAAAUGACACUAUCAUCAGAUUUUCACUCUGACUCAUCCAUGUUUCUGGAAGCUCCCUCAGUAUUGCCAGCGAGCUCUGAAGUUGUGUUUACCUCAGCUGUUACAGGAGCUACCUCUCAGUUGGAACCUUCACUCUCCACCUCUCACUCCGUGGUUCCUACCCUGGUGCUGACCGCUUCCUACCCCCAGUCUCUUACCAGCAGCAUCUUGCUCAAUGAAACAAAUCUGAUCUCUUUGUUUACUACCUUUCCGUCAACCCCUGUCUUAAAUGUAUCUUCAUCUCUGCUCUCAACUACUUCAGCUUCUGGUGAGGAUAUUGGUGCUACAGUUAACCCCACGCUGCUUUUAACGUCUCGCAGCGAGAAUGGUUCCCACACAGCCCUUCCUCCCACUGACUCUGACAACCUGACUUCACGUUCCGACACCAGCAGCGUGAUGCCCUUUCCUACAGCAUCUCUCUCCAUGACCACAUUGUUUGCUCCCACGCUGUUUCCUCCGACUUCCAGCCCUCCUACUGGAUACGAAGUUCCGGUAGGAAGCAGCAUAACUUCUGGCACUGAUGCAUCAGCCACUUCCACCACUGUCCUCACGACCACUGCUACGAGUGCUACAGGCAGCCUGGGGAACUUCUCCUCCACCCCUCUGGUGAUCACUACUCCAUCUGAAGCUGUGGUCCUAACCUCUGCCGUGACCACUACCAGGCAACCCUAUGUCUGCGACAUCACGGUUCCCGAUGCUUACCUAGUCACUGCUGUGCUGGCCCAAGGAGCUGUUAUACAAAAUGUCAGUGAAUCCAUCAGAGAAGUGCUCAGAGUUCAGUUCAGGCGAUCAGUAGAGCUAGAGGUUUAUAAGAUUUACCCCAAAUUUGCUUUCUUGGUGACAUCAGGUCCUUUUGUUUACACGGCAGUAGCUGUCAUAAAUGUACUUGUCAACAGCAGUCUUAUUCGUGGGGAGGCCCCCAUGAUUCUCUCACUCCACCCUUCUUUCACUGUGCCAGAUAACAGAUUCCAAGUUCAGACAGUGCUUCAGUUUGUACCUCGGAACGUGGAUGUUAGGUUCUGCAACUUUAGCCAGCGCAUUGAGAAAGGGCUGACAAUGGCAUUCAGGGAGGUGAGCAAGCAUCAGGAGUUCUACAACUUCACUGUGCAGAUCCUGAAUAUAACUCUGAGUCGGCCUGGGGCAGCAUUUCGACAAGGCCCUGUGAGUGUUGUUUUUGCCAUCCGAGAUAGAUACGGUUUUCUAAAUGGAUCUGAAGUCAGUGAGCAGCUAAGAAACUUGUCUGUGGUGGAAUUCAGCUUCUACCUGGGCUUUCCUGUGCAGCAAAUUGCUGAACCCUUUCACUAUCCUAAGCUUAAUGUGUCUCAGUUGAUGAAAUCUUCCUGGGUGAGAACUGUUCUCUUGGGUGUCGUCGACCAGCGAAUUCAGGAGGAAGUGUUUCAGGCUGAGAUGGAACGGAAACUAGCUCACCUGUUAAACGAGGCUUUGGUCAGAGGGCGGAUAUGGAGACGAGCCAGUUUUGCAGGCAGCAACAUUGUGCAGAUUGUGAAUGUGUCACGGUUAGCAGGUGUUGAUAACCCUGUGGAGCUGAUCUAUUUUGUGGAGGACCAAGAUGGAGAGAGGCUCAGUGCUCUGAAAUGCUCAGAUCUGAUGAACAGAGUUGAUAUCCAGCGGGCUGCCAUCAUUCUGGGAUACCGCAUUGAAGGCACCGUUGCACAGCCUGUGGAGAAGCUGAAGGAGUCCACCUCAGAGUCACAGAAUAGCAACCUAUGGAUUAUUGUUGGUGUGGCAGUCCCAGUUGCUGUGGUGCUCCUGAUUGUUAUUAUUUUAUACUGGAAACUUUGUCGAACAGACAAACUGGAGUUUCAGCCGGACACAAUAAGCAACAUUCAGCAGCGACAAAAGCUACAAGCCCCCACUGUGAAAGGCUUUGAUUUUGCUAAGCAGCAUCUGGGCCAGCACAAUAAAGAUGAUGUCCUGAUUAUCCAUGAGCCAGCUCCUUUACCAGGACCUAUUAAGGAUACUACCCCAUCUGAAAAUGGAGAUGUGCCCAGCCCCAAAUCCAAGAUUUCCUCAAAGCCUUCAAAAACCGUUCGACACAGAGGGAGAGUUUCACCAUCAGAUGCUGACUCCACAGCAAGUGAACAAUCCAGUGGGAGAGAGACAGGAGAAGAGACUGCAAGACCAUCAGCUGGUGCAAAUGAAGGCAAACCGCGCAGAGCAGUGAAGAAGGGACCACCUCAGACCAGCAGUGGAAACGAGCAGCACUCCUCAGCCUCUAUCUUUGAACAUGUGGAUAGGAUGUCGCGUUCCUCAGAUGCCAGCAGACGGGUCCCGAGCAAGAUCCAGCUGAUUGCCAUGCAACCCAUGGCAGCACCUCCAGUUCAGAACUCUGUGCUUUCUGACCGAGUAGCAGAGACAAACAAAAUUAAUAAAGAGAUACAAACAGCCCUGAGGCAUAAAUCUGAGAUUGAGCAUCACCGCAAUAAGAUUCGUCUUCGCGCCAAGCGCAAAGGGCACUAUGAAUUUCCAGUGGUGGAUGAUGUGGUGGUGGUUGACUCCAAAGAGCAGCACAGAAUAUAUCGCAAGGCACAGAUGCAAAUUGACAAGAUCUUGGACCCUGGAGGCAGUGUGCCUACUGUCUUCAUAGAGCCCAGGAAGAGUUCUCGUGCAAAACGUUCUCCCAAGCAACGCCGGCGACAUCAGAUAAAUGGCAGUCCGAUUGAUGCAGAAAAAGACAGGUUAAUCACAACUGACAGUGAUGGGACAUACAAACGGCCUCCAGGAGUCAAUAAUUCUGCAUAUAUUUCGGAUCCAGACUUGCCUCCCGAACCUCAAUCGUCAUCUUCAGCUGAUCUGGGGAAGUUCCCUGGCUUGCCUUCCCACCCGGUCUCUCAAUACGUCCCACCGCAGCCGUCCAUUGAAGAGGCUCGGCAAACCAUGCACUCGCUACUGGAUGAUGCUUUUGCCCUGGUGGCUCCCAGUAGCCAAGCGGCCAAUUCCACGGCUGUCACAUCACCCGGGGUCUCUGCAGGACAGCCGGUAAACAACACUCCUGCUCGAGCAGGGAGGGGAACCACAUGCACCCACUGGGGAUCACCUUAUGGUCCAACUCAGGCAGUAAACAACCCAUUUAAUAGAUACGUGGAAUUUGGAAUGACUCCACCAACAGCACCAGGUCUCGUACCAAGGCAAAACUUUGGCCCAGGUUUUCUUCAACCUGCAGAGCUAAUGCACCCAGACCAGCAGCCAGCUGAGGUUCAGUAUUCCUCCAGAGGGAUAUACUCAGAGGAAAUGCCAUCAGUGGCACGGCCACGGCCAGUUGGAAGCACUGCAGGUUCUCAGAUACAGCACCUCACUCAGGUGGGAAUUGCUAGCAGGAUCGGAGGUCAACAAGUGGAGAUCCCCUCAGGCAGAGCAGGGCAUGGCCAGCCGGGGGGGCCAGGGUGGCCCCAGUACCGUGGAGAGGAUGAAUAUGCUAGGCGAGAUGCAAUGCAUAUGCAUGGACACCAAGAAUAUUCCUCCUCACCAGUAUUCCAGAUGCCGAGGACUUCAGCCAGGCAGCCUUCGGCACCCCCUGCUCAGCUUCCACACAACAACCUUCAGGGCCAGGGGCUUUGCUACACCACCAGUUCCACUGAGGACCUCCAGCCAGGUCACUCUUCAGCCUCUCUUAUCAAAGCAAUUAGAGAAGAACUUCUACGACUUUCUCAGAAACAGACAACAGUGCAGAACUUCCAUAGUUGAUUUAGCAUUCCCUUGCAGAUCUGCCAGGUACCUGCUUCCUAUGGAAGCAAAGACUUAGAGGAAAUAUCAGCAACAUUCUUCUCUCAACAGAAUGAACUUUUGCAGCUCUGUCAGAAGCACUCUGGAAAAAAGGAAAAAGGCAGUGAAAUGAGUUCAGUAAGGAGAGAUGGGGGGCAAACAGCGAAAAUCAUCAGUGUCAUCACGAGUAAUAUUAAUUAAUCUGCUAAUAUUACGGUGCUCCUCUUCUCUCUCUACCUUCAUUCAGCCUAACAAAAAAAAAUAAGACCUUAGGUCAAGAAGUCAACACUCCAGCAACAAAAAACUCACAGGAACACACUCCAAGUAUGAUAGACUCCUGUUUCUAAGGAAGUAGAUGAAGGUUUGAAUAAAUUGAGGUGACAUUUUGCAAGAGCUUACAAGUAUUCUGAUCUCUAGUGUUUACGGUGAACUGGUUUCUGUUGCUGUACUGCAAGAUUACAAACUGCAUCAGCUCACGGGUGUUCAAGGUGUGAUCACACGUAGGAAUCACUUUGGUUGUCGGGAACAAUGGGACCACUUAGAGUGAGAGUCUUUGAGCUACUUGUAACAACCUGGAACAAUAAUUGUUAUAGCUCUGUGCUUUGGAAUGGAGCUACCCUCUGCACUCUUCCUUGUUUUUCUUCUGGUGCUGAAGCUUCAAGUGUUCCUUCAUCUUCAAUGUUUGCAAAAUGAAACAUUGGCCUUGUAUAUCUAAGAAAAUAUCUGUAGACAUAUUCAGGCUGGAAAAACAAAGCAAAGCAACCAGACAGAAAGGGCUUGGUAUUUAUUUCGUUUCAAAAUUAUUGAAAACUAGGAGAGGAACACUCAGCCACAGUUGAAUUUGGGGAACUGUGUAUGUUUAUCUUCAAAAACCAUGUUAAAAUAUUCUGUGCUCUUGAAAGACCAGCGAUAAAAUAUUGCCACUCUGUAGUUUGCUUUGUGGACAGAAAACAAUCCAGCCUGACUGGUAUAGGGUCACCAGCAUUACAUUCUAAAUCGAUGUCCUAAAUCAUUGCUUAUGUUUGGAUCUGAAUCAUUUUAGUGAAAGUCAGUGACAGUUUAGAGCAUUAACAUAGGCUUAGAUUUGCAGUUUUGAGACAGUUUUUAUAUUUAUACUUGUUUCCACUGUCCCUUUGGACAAAGGGUAAGCAUUAUCCCCAUGGUUAAGAAUGGUACGUGCCAUGGAACUGUUUGUCGCUGGUUUUUUUUCCAGAGGUUUAAUUUAAUAUUAGCUACAAUUUUACUGCUAUUUGGCCAUUGCAUAACUGUAACUGACAUAAUACACGUGGAAAUUUUACUUAAGUCGUGAUUUGUUGGAGUGUUUUUAUUUUCAGAUCAGACUGAGCUAAAGCUAACACACUGGCACAAAGAUAGAGAGUAAGCUCAGUGUUUGUCAGGAGGCUUGGGAAUCUUGCCCUGGAAAGACUGAAAAGCAGAACUGCUCGGUACUGCAGUGUGGCUAUUUCAAAUGCUAGUGGAUGGCAGUUAUAAAAAGUCUAAGGAUCAACAGCCUGCCAAAAAGAUCACUGGGCAGUUGAUCAGGGUAGAAAUGGCAUUGGUAAAAUACAGCUGUAUAUCACUGGUAUAGAUGGUAAGGUGAUCUUUGGCUGCUGAAUCUGUUCCUGGUUCCAGCACACAGUUAAACGUAACUGUGACAGGACUAACUCAGAUUGAAAGGAAAACAGGUAGGAGGUCACCGUGGAAGAACCCUACAUACCUUGUUCACGAAGUGUGUACCUAAUAUCCAUUGCCAAAAUCAAAACUAGGAAGCAACUGACUGCUCACUGGUAUGGAAGAAAAGUCAUGUUAUGUUAUGCUUCCCCUCUUUAAUAGGAAGUAAUUUUUCUGUUUACCCAUGCUUAUCAAAAGGCUAUAUGAAACUGUUUUGAGGGACUUGCUGUAGUGAAGAAGUUUAAGUUAAUUUCCAGUUCCCUGGCCAAUACUUAAAGCCCUUGUGGGCACUGAUUGAAGUUUGAAUGGAGUCAGAACACCAGCAUGAUUGUGAACAGCAGUUAGCAACAGGUUACUAUGCUUGGAAUUUUAUAAACUUUUUGUUUGAGAAUUACUUCUAGGAUAACAAUAAAGAAAUGUUUAUCUCCUGCCAAGUUUGUAAACAUGAAUGUUGCCAAUAUUUCUACCAAAUGUCAGGUUUCACAGGGCAAAGAGUGUAUCAAGCAAUGUUAAUUUGGUCUUUUUGCCAGUGUUGAAGACUGACCGUUCCUAAAUGUUCCUAUUAAAACCAUUGCUUUUAUAGCCCAUAUCCUUCACCAGCUUAACUUUGCAGUGAGAUCAGAGGCUAAUGCUUAUAAUAUAAGCAUGUUACUGUGACUUCAUUUCAAGAAAAUGUGGGUUUCU